AUGGGCCAGCUGGGACUGAGAGGAGAUGGGGGAUUGGAGGACGGUGACGGUGAGUGUACAGCACGUUGGGUUUCAGACCUACUGAGGCGGGGCCGAGGGGGAGAUGUAUUUUCACCCAUGACAGGUUUAGCUGACAGUGAGCCGAUACGAUGAGGGAAUCAGUGUCUUCUACUAUAGAUGUGAUGCUCUUCCCUUUACCAGGUUUCUUUCAGAAAGUGUUGAGGUAUUUGAAUGGCUUAACUUGAUACCUACCCUGGUUAUCCAGUUCAUGUCUCCAAAGUUAUGGCUGGGAUAAGAAAAACAGUACUUUAUUAAUCCCCCAAAGGGGAAAUGUUAUUACACCAGCCAAUAAAAAAAAUAAAAAAUAAAAACACAAUAAAACGGAACAACGGACACACCAUCUAUGCACCAUCACACCAUCUAUGCACCAUCACACCAUCUAUGCACCAUCACACCAUCUAUGCACCAUCACACCAUCUAUGCACCAUCUAAGAGCAGCACAUUGUGUGGUGACUGACUGUUGGUGGGCGAUAUGAACCUGAUAAUACUGUUUAGAUGGGAAGAUAAAGCAUGUAGUGGUGGUGACAGUAUCUGUCGCAACAGAAUCUACAGUAGACUUACUGUAUAUGCUGCAAGGUUUGCUUUGGUUCAGUUCAGUAAAUGAACAGAGGAACAUUAGUAGAUGUACUGUAUGUUGUUGCAGUGUUCACCUCACACACACGCUCCCCGGACACGACUGCUUUGGAAAGCACUACAGGAACUGAACAUGAACUGGAACUGCCAGUCCUAGCUACGCAGGUCACAUGGGGCCAGGGCCAGGCCAGACAGGUCACAUGGGGCCAGGGCCAGGCCAGACAGGUCACAUGGGGCCAGGGCCAGGGCAAGGCCAGACAGGUCACAUGGGUGCAGGGCCAUACAGGUCACAUGGGUGCAGGGCCAGGGCCAGGGCCAGGUCAGACAGGACACAUGGGGCCAAGGCCAGGCCAGACAGGUCACAUGGGUCCAGGGCCAGGGCCAGGUCAGACAGGACACAUGGGGCCAAGGCCAGGCCAGACAGGUCACAUGGGUCCAGGGCCAGGGCCAGGUCAGACAGGACACAUGGGGCCAAGGCCAGGCCAGACAGGUCACAUGGGGCCAGGGCCAGGGCCAGGUCAGACAGGACACAUGGGGCCAAGGCCAGGUCAGACAGGUCACAUGGGUCCAGGGCCAUACAGGUCACAUGGGUCCAGGGCCAGGUCAGACAGGUCACAUGGGGCCAGGGCCAGGGCCAGGUCAGACAGGACACAUGGGUCCAGGGCCAUACAGGUCACAUGGGUCCAGGGCCAGGUCAGGUCAGACAGGUCACAUAUGGGCCAGGCCAGGUCAGACAGGUCACAUGGGCCAGGGCCAGGGCCAGGUCAGACAGGUUACAUGGGGUCCCCAGGGCAGGUCAGAGGUCAGACAGGUCACAUGGGCGCCAGGGCCAUGGGCCAGGGUCAGACAGGUCACAUGGUGCCAGGGCCAGGUCAGACAGGUCACAUGGGGCCAGGGCCAGGUCAGACAGGUCACAUGGGGCCAGGGCCAGGGCCAGUCAACAGGUCACAUGGGGCCAGGGCCAGGGCCAGGUCAGACAGGUCACAUGGGGCCAGGCCAGCAGACAGGUCACAUGGGGUCCAGGGCCAGGUCAGACAGGUCACAUGGAGCCAGGGCCAGGGCCAGGUCAGACAGGUCACAUGGGGCCAGGGCCAGGGCCAGGUCAGACAGUUACAUGGGUCCAGGGCCAGGUCAGGUCAGACAGGUCACAUGGGGCCAGGGCCAGGGCCAGGUCAGACAGGUCACAUAUGGCCAGGGCCAGGUCAGACAGGUCACAUGGGGCCAGGCCAGGCCAGUCAGACAGGUCACAUGGGGCCAGGGCCAGAGACAGGUCACAUGGGGCCAGGGCCAGGGUCAGACAGGUCACAUGGGGCCAGGGCCAGGGCCAGGUCAGACAGGUCACAUGGGGCCAGGCCAGGCCAGGUCACAUGGUCCAUGGGGCCAGGGUCAGACAGGUCACAUGGGGUCCAGGGCCAGGUCAGGUCCAUGGGCAGGUCACAGGUCCAGGGCCAGGUCAGGUCAGACAGGUCACAUGGGGCCAGGGCCAGGUCAGACAGGUCACAGGGCCAGGCCAGGUCAGACAGGUCACAUGGGUCCAGGGCCGACAGGUCAGGCAGUCAGACAGGUCACAUGGGUCCAGGGCCAGGUCAGGUCAGACAGGUCACAUGGGGCCAGGGCCAGGUCAGGUCAGACAGGUCACAUGGGGCCAGGGCCAGGUCAGACAGGUCAAAUGGGGCCAGGGCCAGGUCAGACAGGUCACAUGGGGCCAGGGCCAGGCCAGGUCAGACAGGUCACAUGGGGCCAGGGCCAGGGCCAGGUCAGACAGGUCACAUGGGGCCAGGCCAGACAGGUCACAUGGGUCCAGGGCCAGGGCCAGGUCAGACAGGUCACAUGGAGCCAGGGCCAGGGCCAGGUCAGACAGGUCACAUGGGGCCAGGGCCAGGGCCAGGUCAGACAGGUCACAUGGGGCCAGGGCCAGGGCUAGGUCAGACAGGUCACAUGGGGCCAGGGCCAGGGCCAGGUCAGACAGGUCACAUGGGGCCAGGCCAGACAGGUCACAUGGGUCCAGGGCCAGGGUCAGGUCAGACAGGUCACAUGGAGCCAGGGCCAGGGCCAGGUCAGACAGGUCACAUGGGGCCAGGGCCAGGGCCAGGUCAGACAGGUUACAUGGGUCCAGGGCCAGGUCAGGUCAGACAGGUCACAUGGGGCCAGGGCCAGGGCCAGGUCAGACAGGUCACAUAUGGCCAGGGCCAGGUCAGACAGGUCACAUGGGGCCAGGGCCAGGUCAGACAGGUCACAUGGGGCCAGGGCCAGACAGGUCACAUGGGGCCAGGGCCAGGUCAGACAGGUCACAUGGGGCCAGGGCCAGGGCCAGGUCAGACAGGUCACAUGGGGCCAGGCCAGACAGGUCACAUGGGUCCAGGGCCAGGUCAGACAGGUCACAUGGGUCCAGGGCCAGGUCAGGUCAGACAGGUCACAUGGGUCCAGGGCCAGGUCAGGUCAGACAGGUCACAUGGGGCCAGGGCCAGGUCACAUGGGUCCAGGGCCAGGGCCAGGUCAGACAGGUCACAUGGGUCCAGGGCCAGGUCAGACAGGUCACAUGGGUCCAGGGCCAGGUCAGGUCAGACAGGUCACAUGGGGCCAGGGCCAGGUCAGGUCAGACAGGUCACAUGGGGCCAGGGCCAGGUCAGACAGGUCAAAUGGGGCCAGGGCCAGGUCAGACAGGUCACAUGGGGCCAGGGCCAGGGCCAGGUCAGACAGGUCACAUGGGGCCAGGGCCAGGGCCAGGUCAGACAGGUCACAUGGGGCCAGGCCAGACAGGUCACAUGGGUCCAGGGCCAGGGCCAGGUCAGACAGGUCACAUGGAGCCAGGGCCAGGGCCAGGUCAGACAGGUCACAUGGGGCCAGGGCCAGGGCCAGGUCAGACAGGUCACAUGGGUCCAGGGCCAGGUCAGGUCAGACAGGUCACAUGGGUCCAGGGCCAGGUCAGGUCAGACAGGUCACAUGGGGCCAGGGCCAGGUCAGACAGGUCACAUGGGGCCAGGGCCAGGUCCAGGUCAGACAGGUCACAUGGGGCCAGGGCCAGGGCCAGGUCAGACAGGUCACAUGGGGCCAGGGCCAGGUAAGACAGGUCACAUGGGGCCAGGGCCAGGGCCAGGCCAGGUCAGGACAUGGCCCAUGGGGCCAGGGCCAGGUCCAGACAGGUCCACAUGGUGCCAGGGCCAGGUCCGAAAGGUACAUGGGUCAGGCCAUGGGGCCAAGAAGGUCACAUGGGCCAGGCCAGGGGCCAGGCCAGACAGGUCACAUGGGGCCAGGGCCAGGUCAGACAGGUCAGACAGGGUCUCAACUCAGGUACUGGAGCAGGUAGGUCACAUAAAUGCCAUCUGAAGUGAUGCAAUGGGUGACUUUGAGAGCUUGGAUUUGGCCGCAGUAGGUGUAUUUACAGUGGGGGGAAAAAGUAUUUAGUCAGCCACCAAUUGUGCAAGUUCUCCCACUUAAAAAGAUGAGAGAGGCCUGUAAUUUUCAUCAUAGGUACACGUCAACUAUGACAGACAAAAUGAGAAAAGAAAAUCCAGAAAAUCACAUUGUAGGAUUUUUAAUGAAUUUAUUUGCAAAUUAUGGUGGAAAAUAAGUAUUUGGCAAUAACAAAAGUUUCUCAAUACUUUGUUAUAUACCCUUUGUUGGCAAUGACACAGGUCAAACGUUUUCUGUAAGUCUUCACAAGGUUUUCAUACACUGUUGCUGGUAUUUUGGCCCAUUCCUCCAUGCAGAUCUCCUCUAGAGCAGUGAUGUUUUGGGGCUGUCGCUGGGCAACACGGACUUUCAACUCCCUCCAAAGAUGUUCUAUGGGGUUGAGAUCUGGAGACUGGCUAGGCCACUCCAGGACCUUGAAAUGCUUCUUACGAAGCCACUCCUUCGUUGCCCGGGCGGUGUGUUUGGGAUCAUUGUCAUGCUGAAAGACCCAGCGUUUCAUCUUCAAUGCCCUUGCUGAUGGAAGGAGGUUUUCACUCAAAAUCUCACGAUACAUGGCCCCAUUCAUUAUUUCCUUUACACGGAUCAGUCGUCCUGGUCCCUUUGCAGAAAAACAGCCCCAAAGCAUGAUGUUUCCACCCCCAUGCUUCACAGUAGGUAUGGUGUUCUUUGGAUGCAACUCAGCAUUCUUUGUCCUCCAAAACGACGAGUUGAGUUUUUACCGAAAAGUUAUAUUUUGGUUUCAUCUGACCAUAUGACAUUCUCCUAAUCCUCUUCUGGAUCAUCCAAAUGCACUCUAGCAAACUUCAGACGGGCCUGGACAUGUACUGGCUUAAGCAGGGGGACACGUCUGGCACUGCAGGAUUUGAGUCCCUGGCGGUGUAGUGUGUUACUGAUGGUAGGCUUUGUUACUUUGGUCCCAGCUCUCUGCAGGUCAUUCACUAGGUCCCCCUGUGUGGUUCUGGGAUUUUUGCUCACCGUUCUUGUGAUCAUUUUGACCUCACGGGGUGAGAUCUUGCGUGGAGCCCCAGAUCGAGGGAGAUUAUCAGUGGUCUUGUAUGUCUUCCAUUUCCUAAUAAUUGCUCCCACAGUUGAUUUCUUCAAACCAAGCUGCUUACCUAUUGCAGAUUCAGUCUUCCCAGCCUGGUGCAGGUCUACAAUUUUGUUUCUGGUGUCCUUUGACAGCUCUUUGGUCUUGGCCAUAGUGGAGUUUGGAGUGUGACUGUUUGAGGUUGUGGACAGGUGUCUUUUAUACUGAUAACAAGUUCAAACAGGUGCCAUUAAUACAGGUAACGAGUGGAGGACAGAGGAGCCUCUUAAAGAAGAAGUUACAGGUCUUUGAGAGCCAGAAAUCUUACUUGUUUGUAGGUGACCAAAUACUUAUUUUCCACCAUAAUUUGCAAACAAAUUCAUAAAAAAUCCUACAAUGUGAUUUUCUGGAUUUUUUUUCCUCAAAUUGUCUGUCAUAGUUGACGUGUACCUAUGAUGAAAAUUACAGGCCUCUCUCAUCUUUUUAAGUGGGAGAACUUGCACAAUUGGUGGCUGACUAAAUACUUUUUUCCCCCACUGUAGAUCAAGUAGCAAGUUAUUUUGACUGAUAUCAUAUUUUUUGAUGAUUUGAAAACAUGGAGUCUUUGCAGAUUUUCUUUGUAAACCUGCUGUUCUCUCUCCUCUCUCUCUCUCUCUCUCUCUCUCUCCUCUCUCUCCCUCUCUCUCUCUCGCUCUCUCUCUCUAGGGUUCAGCUGAUUCCUACACUAGUAGACCCUCAGAUUCCGACGUGUCCCUGGAGGACGACCCAGAGGCGUCUCGGCUUGAAGCCGAGCGCCAGGCCCAACUGCAGUUGGAGAGAGCCAAGGUAGCUAACCCGGCUUCAAACCCCUAAUCAGUUGGAGAGAGCCAAGGUAGGUAACCCAGCUUCAGACCCCUAGUCAGUUGGAGAGAGCCAAGGUAGCUCACCCGGCUUCAAACCCCUAGUCAGUUGGAGAGAGCCAAGGUAGGUAACCCGGCUUCAAACCCCUAAUCAGUUGGAGAGAGCCAAGGUAGCUAACCCGGCUUCAAACCCCUAGUCAGUUGGAGAGAGCCAAGGUAGGUAACCCGGCUUCAAACCCCUAGUCAGUUGGAGAGAGCCAAGGUAGGUAACCCGGCUUCAAACCCCUAGUCAGCUGGAGAGAGCCAAGGUAGGUAACCCGGCUUCAAACCCCUAGUCAGUUGAGAGAGCCAAGGUAGGUAACCCGCUUCAAACCCCUAGUCAGCUGGAGAAGCCAAGGUAGGUAACCCGGCUUCAGACCCCUAGUCAGCUGGAGAGAGCCAAGGUAGGUAACCCGGCUUCAAACCCCUAGUCAUCUGAGAGAGCCAAGGUAGUAACCCGGCUUCAAACCCCUAGUCAGUUGGAGAGAGCCAAGGUAGGUAACCCGUUCAAACCCCUAGUCAGUUGGAGAGAGCCAAGGUAGGUAACCCGGCUUCAGACCCCUAGUCAGUUGGAGAGAGCCAAUGCGAUAGAAAUUGAAAGGCAGUGUUCCUGCGUUGGCGGAGACUGCAAUCACGGUAAACGCUACAUAUCUCAGCACAAUCGGAAAUUACAUUUACAUUUAAAUCGCGCUACAGUGCUGAUCUUCAGCACUACGAAUUUAAUCGAGCCCUUAGUCAGGAAUAAGUCUGGUUUGAAGUCGAAUGCCAGUCCCAACUGCAGCUGAGAGAGAGCCAAGGAAGGCAACCUCUCCUUUACCCGCUAGUCAGCCCUAGUUAAUAGUGUCAGUAGUUUAGUUAGUUAAUUAGCUGGAAGCCAAGCGCCAGGCCAAACUGCAGCUGGAGAGAGCCAAGGUAAGAGUUCAACUUUAGUCAGUAGUUUAGGUAUACAGGUGUUUAAUCAGACCAAACUGCAGAUGGAGAGAGUUAAGGUGAGCAACACUUCCUCUCUUCUCCCCUGCAACUAUUCCUCGGGUCGUACAGAUGUAGGAUCUUAAUUUGAGCCAGUUUACUACUGGAAAUGUGGAUUAUUAUGUGGAUUAUAAUGAAUGUUGGACAUUUUAAAGUAGAAAUUACUAACUUUAGAAUCCUUUUAAACUACAAGUUUGCAUUUCCUGCUGCGCCGAACAAUUCUCCGCAACAAAAGAGUGAUCAAAUUAAGAUCCUAAAUCUGUAUAUGUGAACGUGUUCUCAGGCAACUUACCUGGUAAAAUAAAGGUUGAAAAGAAACAAUUAAGCAGUGUUUAGUCAGGUCCAGAGAGCCAAGGAGAGACCCCCAUAUGAUGAGAUAUUGUCAGGUCACAGCAUCCAUUCGUAAACACUGUUUUAUGUCUCUCUCUGUCCUCCCCAGUCGAAACCGGUAGCAUUUGCAGUGAAGACCAACGUGAGUUACUGUGGGGCUCUAGAUGCAGACUGUCCUGUCCAAGGUGCUGCUAUCAACUUUGAAACCAAAGAUUUUCUACACAUAAAAGAGGUGAGGGGAGUUCAGUAGGCAUCAUUAUCAAUGAUCACUAUCACAUCAUCACCUGGUCUCCCGAGUGGCGCAGUGGUCUAAGGCACUGCAUCACAGUGCUAGCUGUGCCACUAGAGAUCCUGGUUCGAAUCCAGGCUCUGUCGUAGCUGGCCGCGACCGGGAGACCCAUGGGGCGGCGCGCAAUUGGUCCAGGGUAGGGGAGGGAAUGGCCGGCAGGGAUGUAGCUCAGUUGAUAGAGCAUGGCGUUUGCAACGCCAGGGUUGUGGGUUUGAUUCCCACAGGGGGUAUGAAAAAAAUAAUGUAUGCACUAACUGUAAGUCGCUCUGGAUAAGAGCGUCUGCUAAAUGACUUAAAUGUAAUCACUAUUGCCACUAUCACAUUUCUUUAGUUGUUACUGGAUAAGAGCGUCUGCUAAAUGACGUAAAUGUAAAUGUAAAUGUUGCAGUUAUCUUAAACAGUAGCUAUUGUAUCCCAGUCCUUACACAUUCACAAUAUGUAUGGCCAUGACUACCACAGGCAUCUCUAUCACGGCGGUUACUAAGAAUCUGCCACAUUAACCACUGCUGCCAUAUUGUUGAAACAGCGGUGACAGCAGUUUCAUUUUGACCUGACUGGCGUCCAUUUUGGCCCUUUGCAGAAAUACAGCAAUGACUGGUGGAUCGGUCGGCUGGUGAAGGAAGGGGCAGACAUAACCUUCAUCCCCAGCCCGGUGAAACUGGAGGCCAUGCGGAUCAAACAGGAACAGAAACAGGCCCAGAGGUCAGGGUUCACCCUCUCUCAUAUAUCCCCCUGCUACAUCCAAAGUCUCUUUCUCAGUAGUCUUUCCUCUUUUCCUUGUGUCCUCUUCUCCAAUCCUCUCCCUGCCUUCUUCUCAAAACUUCAACAAGGACUUGUAAAAUAUUCCUUGAAUAUCAUAAGGAAGCAAGAGGAGGAUUCAAGGAGAUGAUUCAAGGAGAGGUAAGGUACUUGUACAGUCCUUGAAUCCUGGUCUUCCUCAUCGGCACCAUGUUGUUGUCCUACAGGAAAGCAGGGAACUCAUCGUCCGGCUGGAGAUCCACACCACCUACUGCAGGUGAGUGACUGCUGUUGGGUGAUUGACCUACCCCUUCUCCCUCAUACCAGAAUCAAUUGCUUUUCAUUAUGUAGCAAAGCAUGUUUAUUCAUUAUCAAUCAAUCAAUCGCAUUUCUUUUAUAGAGCCCUUUUUACAUCAGCAGUUGUCACGAAGUGCUUUACAGAUACCCAGCAUAAAAUCCCAAGCAAUUAACCAAAUGCACAGUAUCCAGAGUUGAGGUCAACUCCAUUUCAAUUGAGUCAAUUCAGGAAGGAUGCUGAAAAUCUGAUUCCAACCCUGACAGUGUUGUUGCAUUUUACUGGAUGAAUACGAAAGGGUCUGGAAGGUUGCUACAGGAUAUCCUGUCUUCAGACACUACACCAUCUGCUCUCCAUAGAUAGACUUCCAUAUUAGCUUUCAUGCUAAAUCUGUUUUUUCUUGUUUUUACAAGCCAAGCAGAAGCAAAAGCAGGUAUGUUGGAAAUGCAGAUUAUUCUACUUUGUAUCAGAGCUAGAAUGAAGAACGGAUGUGUAAUAAAAUACUCUCUACUCCAAUCUGUUUUGCUCUUAUUUGAUGACACUGGUAGAUUCUAAUCUCUGAUGACUGGAGGGUUAUGCUUAGGGCCCAGAGUUAUCCCUGACCACAUGAUCUGACCAGGGCCUUAGUAAAAACUCAGGGUUCUAGUUAUGCUCUAAAGUGUGUGUUGGCCCGUUCCAAGUGCAGUGUGUGUUGGCCCGUUCCAAAGUGCAGUGUGUGUUGGCCCGUUCCAAGUCCAGUGUGUGUUGGCCCGUUCCAAGUGCAGUGUGUGUUGGCCCGUUCCAAGUGCAGUGUGUGUUGGCCCGUUCCAAGUCCAGUGUGUGUUGGCCAAGUCCAGUGUGUGUUGGCCCGUUCCAAGUCCAGUGUGUGUUGGCCCGUUCCAAGUGCAGUGUGUGUUGGCCCGUUCCAAGUGCAGUGUGUGUUGGCCCGUUCCAAGUGCAGUGUGUGUUGGCCCGUUCCAAGUGCAGUGUGUGUUGGCCCGUUCCAAGUGCAGUGUGUGUUGGCCCGUUCCAAGUGCAGUGUGUGUUGGCCCGUUCCAAGUCCAGUGUGUGUUGGCCCGUUCCAAGUCCAGUGUGUGUGUGUCUCCCCUGCAGACAGAACAUCUCCCACCCUAUGAUGUUGUUCCUUCAAUGAGACCAGUGGUGUUGGUGGGGCCCUCACUGAAAGGCUAUGAGGUGAGAGGCUGGUCGAUACGCGCACACAAGUACGCAUGCUGCACACACACACACACACCCUUUCCUUAGCCCAUUAAACUUGGGCCAACCCCAUAGACUUACUAUUAUCAAAUGACACUACAUUAUGAUACAGUGAGAAUGAGUCAUGUGCUGCCCACUCACAAUCCCAGCCUGAUGUACAUGCAUCAUUUAUAGAAUAGAUGAUGUGUAGGUUAUGUCAGGGAUGCUUCAACAUUUUCUCUCUGCCGCUCUCUCUCUCUCCUGCCUCUCUGCCACCCUCUCUCUCUCUCUCUCUCUCUCUCUCUCUCUCUCCUCUCUCUCUCUCUCUCUCUCUCUCUCUCUCUCAGCGCUCUCUCUCAGCUCCCUCUCUCUCACUCUCUCAGCUCUCUCACUGUCUCUCAGCUCUCUAUCUCUCACUCUCUCAGCUCUCUAUCUCUCACUCUCUCAGCUCUCUCUCUCUCUCUCUCUCUCUCUCUCUCUCGUCUCUCUCUCAGCUCUCGCUCUCUCAGUCUCUCCUCCUCUCAGCUACUCUCUCUUCACUCUCUCUCUCUCUCUCUCAUCCUCUCCUCUCUCCUCUCUCUACUCUCAAUCUCUCCUCACUCUCUCCUCUCUCUCCCCUCUCACUGCUCGUCUCUCCUCCUAAUCUCUCCUCUCUCAGCUCCUCUCGCUCUCUCUCUCUCACUCGUCGCCUCACACUCUCGUCUCACAUCCAUCGUCUCCUCCUCUCCGCUCCCUCUCAUCUCCUCUCUCAGCUACAGCAGUCAGCUCCUCUCUCUAACUCACCAUCACUAACACUCUCUCUCUAAGCUCCACAGCAGUCACUACACUCUCUCUAAGCUCCACAGCCGUCAGACUAAACUCUCUCUAAGCUCCACAGCCAUCAACUAACACUCUCUCUAGCUCCAGCCAGUCGACUAACAACUCUCUCUAAGCUCCGCUGCUACACUCUCUCUAAGUCCAACCAGUCAGACUAACAACUCUGUCUAAGCUCCACGCCAGUCAGCUAACAUCUCUUCUAUCCACAGCCAGUCAGACUAACAUCUCUCUCUAGCUCCACAGCCAGUCAGACUAACAUCUCUCUCUAAGCUCCACAGCCAGUCAGACUAACAACUCUCUCUAAGCUCCACAGCCAGUCAGACUAACAACUCUCUCUAAGCUCCACAGCCAGUCAGACUAACAACUCUCUCUAAGCUCCACAGCCAGUCAGACUAACAACUCUCUCUAAGCUCCACAGCAGUCAGACUAAAAUCUCUCCUAAGGCCCAGCCAGUCAGAAACACUCAAGAGCCAGUAGAUUAACUCUCCUAGGUCCCACAGCCACCACUAAAUCUCUCUAAUUCACACCCGUCAAAUACAACUUCCUCUUUCUAAGCUCACAGCAGUAGGACGAAAAUGUCUGUAAAGCUCACAGCAGUAGAUAAAACUUCUCUAAGCUACAGCCAGUCAGACUAACAAUUCUAAGCUCCAGCACAUCAGACUAACAUCUCUCGAAGCACCAACAGUCAGAAAAACAUCUCUCUCUGUCCAACCAUCAUUAUCCUCCCUCUAGUCACCCAGGUAACAGACUAUAAGUCAGAAGCCCUGUUACUCCUGAACAGAAACACAUGGUCUUGAUGGAAGGUGGAUACACCAGAACCAAUGGAUAGUGUACACUAGUUUGGUAAUAAACAGGAAGCAGUACAGCAUGUUGGCUGAUGAUCUCUAAUUAAUACAGCAAUAUACCUUCUUCUAUCAUCCUGACCUUCUCCUAAUACUUUCACGAGCCGAUAAUGAUCACAUCAAUCAUAUCUAGUUUAGAAUUGAUAGGGGUGCUGCGACGCUUGGCAAAAGGACUGUAUGAAAAAGAAGGCAUCAUGAAGGGCUGAAAGAACGUAGUAUUGGUAAGUAGAGGAGGAUGGAAUUCAUAGUAGUAGAAGUUAGUUAUUCAUCUCUGUUCCCAACCUCUGUCCUCCCCUCAUGGCUCAGACACUGUGCAAGUAGUUGACUUCUGAAAAUUGGAAUCUAUCCAAAAUCAUUUAUGAUUUGAAUGCAUGUUCUCUUGUUGCUGGAAUUGUUUCAUUGUCAAAUAAAUUGAAUCUAUCCAUCCACUUCCAUCCAUCCCCUUCCAUCCAUCCAUCCACCUCCAUCCAUCCAUCCAUCCAUCCAUCCAUCCAUCCAUCCAUCCAUCCAUCCAUCCAUCCAUCCAUCCAUCCAUCCAUCCAUCUAUGUUUUCAGAAUCUCUAUCACGCGGGUGACUGCUGAUCUGUCUUUGGCCAAAAGGUCUGUAUUGAACAAGAAGGCCAUCAUGGAGAGGUCUAACACACGCUCCAGUCUUGGUAAGUAGAGGAGGACUUGUCCUGCAUCCCUCAUCAGCUUUAAUGUUGACAUUGUUUAGUUUUCAUCUUCAUUGUUCUGGAAUAACCCUCUGUCAGUCCUGACUACAUGGCUUAGACAGCUGUGUUGAUAGUUGUACUACAGAUGUAGAAUCUUAAAUUGAUCACCCUGUUGCAGAACUUUCGUGCAAUGCAGGAAAUGUAAAACUUGUAGUGUAUUUGAGGUUUAAAAGGCUUCUGAAGUUUGUAACUUUCACUUUGAAAUUUCAGGCUUGAUUUUCCCUUAUGAAAAAGGCAUCAACCCCUAGAAUAAUGCCCAUUAAUUAUAAUCCACAUAAUUAUUAACAUUUCCUGUUGCUGCAGGAUUAUUUUCCUGCUGUAGCAAACUGUCUCGAAUUAAGAUCCUACAUCUGUAUAUCACUCAGGACAGAUAUCACACUUUCUCUUCUCCGUAAUACCUGUGCCUUCUGUAGUUCUGUUGGUCUGUCCUACCAUGACUGUACUCAACCCUCUCUCUCUCUUUCUGUCUCUCUCUGUGUGUCGGGGUGGUAGCUGAGGUCCAGAGUGAGAUUGAGAGGAUCUUUGAGCUGGCUAAGACCCUACAGCUCGUAGUUCUGGACGCAGACACCAUCAACCACCCAGCACAGCUCCUCAAAACGUCCCUGGCUCCUAUCAUCGUUUACGUUAAGGUGUCCUCUCCUAAGGUAAGGACUGAUCCACUACCAGCACACGGUCACCCAGUCAGCCAGUCAGCAUUCAGUCAUCAGCCAGUCACCAGUCAGCCAGUCCCACCAGUCACCAGUCAGUCAGCCUCACCAGUCACCCCAGUCAGCCAGUCAUCAGUCAGUCAUCCCAGCCAGCCAGCAGCCAGUCAUCCAGUUCAGUCCCAGUCAGUCGUCAGCCAGCCAUCAGCCAGUCAGCCAGUCAGCCAGCCAGUCAGCAUCAGUCAGCCAGUCAGCCAUCAGCCAGUCAGCCAUCCAUCAGCCACAGCACCUCAGCAGUCAGCCAGUCAUCAGCCCGUCAGCCAGUCAGUCACAGUCCAGUCAGCCA